GCCGUUGUAUAACUUGCUUCGGAGGAUGGACAAGGACGAGACUGCACCGUGAAACUUUAUGGAGUACGACAAGCUCAUGGAGAGGAUGCUGGGGGAGGUGCUGCUUACCACGGAGCAGCGAGACACGGUGCUCGAGAAGGUGCGGGACCGCAUGAAGAUGAUGCGGCAACCGGUGCAUGCCAUGGCCUUUCUUUUGGACCCACGGCGGAGAGAGCCGAAGUGGUUGUUGGAUCGGGACAGUGCACUUGUGCAGAAUGCGCUGAAUUAUUUACAGCGGCAGAUCGGCGGUCCAUGGAAAUCGGAUGCCCACGUGAAGAUUCUAAGUGAUCUGCGAGAGUUCCACACGAAACCCAUCGGCCACAACCCUCGGAGGAAGGACCGGAAGAUGUGGGAAGAAGAUGCUAUCGCAGAUUGUCACCUCAUCUCGCCGUCGGAGUGGUGGGCAACUCAUGGGGGUGAUGUGCCGAAGCUGCAGUCCAUUGCAAUCAAAGUAAUGGGCAUGUGGAGCACUGCAACUCCGGCGGAGCGGAAUUGGUCUUCUAUGGACUUGGUCCACUCGAAGCGGCGGAAUAGGUUGAACCCUUCAACCUUGGAGAAGUUGGUGUAUAUUCAUUGGAAUAUGCAACUUCUGCGGUCGGGGAAGAACGUGAAGGACAACGGUUACAUCGAUUUGUGGGCGCAGUUCUUCGAGUCUUUGCCGGAGCCGAAGGCGGGCGACGGUUCUACUUUGAAUGAGCCCGUGGAGGAGAAGGACAAGACGGAGGAGGAGCUGGUGCAAGAACGGGCCUUCACGAAGACACCAAAGGGCCGGAUUCCGAAAUGCCUCGAACACGAGGACGAGGAGGAGCAGCGAACCGACGACUGCGACCUUGACGACGAGGUGUGGAAGGGGAAGACUCCAUGGUCGGAGGCGUCCAGCGAAGAGGAGGUUGACGAGUCAUCGGACGAUGACUUCGAGUUGGGACUCCCACCUCCAAUACCGUGCACCACAUACGUCGGGAGGAGGGCAGCCGCACAGCACCGUCGAGAACAGCCGCCCACAACACCUUCUCAAUGCCCGGCGAACACCGCAACGCACUACAACAUCCAAUCGGAUGUUGACCUGCCGCAGACCGACACCGACAUGGAGAUGGUGCUUUGCGCACGUCCAAUCGAUACGGAUGAGGAGGACGCCGACCGUGCAAAGGCAUGGGCUGUUGCGGAUCGAGAACGGGUGCAAAGGAGAAUGAGGGAGGAGGAGCGACGUGCAACUAUACCGACCUGCAGAGAGUUGGAGAAAAUGAAGAAGAGGGUUGGAGAGCGAGAAUCGCAGCCAGUGGGGGGUGCGGGCCGGCUGGAAGAGGACAAAGAAGACACGUUGGGCCAACGAGAGGAGGAGGCAGAACAGGAGAUUGGCCAGCCAGCGCAGGAAGAAGAAAACAUGGACACACAAGAGGAGGAAGAAGAUGAUGGCAUGGACCAGCGAGAGGAGGAGAUGAACGAGGGUGACGAGGAGGGCGUGGAACAGCAAGAAGAGGACCUGGAGGAGAGUGGGAAGGAGCAGGAGCAGGAAAUGAUGGAGAACAGCGAGGAGGAGGUGGAGAAGAAUGCACCGACGACCGUGUACAAGCGUCGGAAGCGAACUCCGGAGGCAGCUGGGUCACCAGAGAAUUCCCCCGACUUCCCAGUCAACAAUGCAGAAGCCCAACACGACAACCUGUGGGUCAGCAGGGUUGGGAGGAAGAGGAAGGCGCCCCAUGAAGACGAGCACGCGAAGCCUAAGCUUCCAUUCGGCAGGCCUCGGAAGAACACAACCGCCGGUCCGGCUGCGAAGCCGAAAAAAAAAAAGACAGCGGUGCAAGCCUCGCAGAAAAAUUGUUGACGAUGACCCCGAAUCCGACAACUGCAGCAAGCAGUUGGACGAAGACGAGGGUGACACCUCGGACUGAG